AUCUGUGUCGAGCAGACGAGACGGAUCCUCUUUGUCCUCUCACCACCCCUCCACGCGCCUGCCCCACAUCGGCGGCGGCGGCGAUCCGCCCCUGCCUCUUCUAUCUCCCCCGACGACUCGCUGCUGCCAAUCCCCCCUUACCCGUACUCCAAGUCGCGCCACCACCAUCCUCUUCCCCGACUCGACCGACUCCGUGUUCAAAACGCAACCUAAUCCCCAAAUCCUGCCCUAGCCUCCACAUCCAUGGCGCUCCCCACCUUGCCCUUCAACCCCCCCACCCCGCCGCCCCCCGGGUUCCCCGACUCGGCCAUCCUCUGCAAGACGGCGCGCGUAUCGGCGGACCGGAACGCGACCACCGCCGGGUGCCGCACCGAGGACGGCCAGGCCGUGGAGGUAUCCUUCUGGCUCGUCCACCCGCCGGGCAUCUCCCACUUCUCCGUCAACUGCCCCGGCAUCAAUCGCGAGUACGAGGCCUGGCUCGUCUGCGCCGAGGACGCCUUCGUCCUCUUCAGCCUCCAGUACUGGGGCCCCGCCCGCUUCUUCGUCUACACAGCCGGGAAGCACCCGUCCCUACGGCUGCUCCCAAACCCCAGCCUUCCCUACUUCGGCGGGCAGCAGUUUGGCCUCCUGCCCCGCGGCGACGGCGAGCACUACGCCCUGGCCUUCCUCCGCUGCAAGUGGAGUCUCCAAGACGAUGUUUGUCGGUUUGAUGCCCAUGUCUUCUCGUCUGAAACACGGGCAUGGACGACCAGGAGGGCAUACUUGUCAGACCCCGCUGACAAGCCAUUGUGUGGUCGAAAUGACCUCUUCAACCAGAUCAGGGUUGGAGCAACCUCGCUGGGCUGGUUUGAUAACCACCAUGGCAUUCUCCUUCUUGACCACCUGUUUGCCACGCAUCCUGUCAUCAGUAUAAUCCCAUUACCGGUGGCAACCGUUGGCUUGCCCAUGCCAAUCAAACCGGAUGACAAGUACAUUGCCUCUGAGUAUUUCUACAAUGUCGCCUGCUGCCAUGAUCUCAUCAAAUUCGUCCACAUCAAAUACGAUGACCCUCAUGCCUUGGCCAGAGGUUCAGGUUGGAAGGCCACAAUGUGGAAUAUGAAUGUCUCUGGGAAAAAUUGGUGCAAGGGCUACACAGUUGAUGUUGACGAAAUCUCGGUUGACAAAAGUUUUUCUGCUAAAUUGCCUGAGCUGUGGGAUGAUGAGACUCAACAACUGCAGUUGAAGAAACUGAUGUUCCAUGGCCCGAUUCUGAGCACACUCAAUGACGAUUUGCUUUACAUGAUGGCCAAGGUGAAGCAUGAUGACGACACAGCCUGGACCAUCGCUAUUGACAUGAAACAUGCAGCUCUCAAGGCACUGGCCAAAUUUUCUGUCGGACCGAACCAACAACUCCUCACCACAGCCUGCUUCUCAUGCGUCUUCCCCAAGUACCUCAACAUUCCCCCAGGGGCAGAAAUGUAUGAUCCCUUGGAAAUGCACUUUAAGAGGAUGAGUUUGGUGCAGUUUGUUAUGCAAGUGCAGCGGACUCGAGAAUGGUUCAGGGAACUUGAUCUAUUCUUAGAUUGUGACUUGCCAACUUACAAGGAAUCCAAACCACUGCUUACUGAGUGCUGCCCAGUAUCCUCUUUGUGUGUACAUAUUCGUGCGCUACUGAAAUAUGCUACUUGCACUGAUGAAGCCUCCAAUAAUAUGCAACAUCUCUUACGAGCAUUUGAGGGUUUUGACAUGCUGCUAACCGAGUCAUUUAAUGAGCAAGCAAGUGAUGAGACCCUGAGGAGCAAAAUCAUUGUAGCCCUUCCAAUUUUAGACAAUCUUUUGCACAGUAUGCUACCAACAGUGGUUCCUGAAGGAAGGUGCCAAGGCGGAGUAGGAAUAUUUGAACAGUAUGAGAAGUCAGGCUAUACAAAGAAGGGCCACCAGUCGUGUGGCUCUACUGCUGACAAGGUUUGCUACAGCAAGAAGCGAAACCGUGCAAAGAAAAGGACCCACAAGCAGCAGCAAGAGAUUUCCAAGCCCAAUUACUUUGGGGGGAAUGUGGCUUUGAACCGCUGGUGGUACUUGGGCGGCUACAUGCUGAUGUCUAUCGGUAUGCUGGCGCUGUGCUGGAUGAUCCUAACCACUUUGGAAGUAUGGACUGAACCAGCCAGCUCCAACCUGACGCUGCGAUCCUUCGGAACCAAACUGAGUGUGAUCUACAAAUACUACACUGACACAUGGUCUGAGGAUGGAAGAUCUUGCAGGAGAUGCUAGCUUAGGUCAUUCGUCUUGGUCUUUUGCCUUUUAUAGUUGUCCUGUGAUGAAACCACCCUACGGAAUCAUGUACAUGUUCUAGCCAGGUUUGGGGGCUGAGUAUCUGGAGCCGUAGCAGGUUUGGGUGUGAGUGUCGUUUUUUUUUUUUUUGUCAAUCAUCUCCUUUAUUCAUUCAUAAUGAUGUUAGUAUCCUUUACAAUGUAAGGUAUACCCACGUCAGGGGUGGAGGAUAUCCACCCCGAUACCAGGAGGGGGAGAAAAUCUAGCUCUCUUGGCCAGUUUCAUGAGCUAGCUACCUGAUUACUUUAUUACAAUGAUCAUACAUAACAUGACUAAAA